UUUAAGUAUGAAUGAAGUUGGUCCAUCUUUAGUGACAACUUACGUUUUUAAAAGUGGUAAAGAAUACGUUGUAAAGAUAAAAGUCACUGCUUUUAAGGAAUACCAGCGAAAUUUGGAGGUGACCGUUACUGACAAAUAUACUGGCGAGAAUUGGCAGUCCUCAUACGACGCUGCAUAUGUUGAGAACUUAACUCACAAAACUGGAAAUUACAAGCAUUUUGAUGUAUUCGUGGCUAUGCUGCAAUCUGGAUUGUUAAAAACGAGUGAAUCUAUUACCUUGGACCUUCUCACAUUUGAAGAUUUAGAAUUGUUACGUGCACGUAGGCUUGAACGUAAUUCGUGUUCAAGUUUCGGUAACGCAACAAACAAUCGUAGAUACCUUAUAUUAACGUAUACAGUAGAAUUUGAUAGAAUCCAUUAUCCAUUACCGCUGGAAUAUUGUGGUUUACCUGACCCAGUGAUAUUACAAUGUACCAUUAGAAGAUUACAAGCUGAAAUUGAAAAAUUACAAUCGACGGGAGCGAAUAAAAAUCUACAAAGACGCAUAGAGCAACUUACAACCACAAAUCAAAGACUUGUUCAAGAGAAUCAGAAACUUACAAAUGGAGGAAAGAAUUUAAAAGUUUUACUGGGGUCGAUUAAAUCGCUAGAAAACAAUGUCGCUAAAGAGCGUGCAUUUUUUCGAACACAAAUACAAAAGCUUAAAGCUGAGAAUGCAGCUCUGUUGUUAAAACUUAAAGAAUUUACUGAAUCUGCUGGCAGAAAACCUGGAGAUGGUAGCCCGUCGUUAAAACGUUAUAACCGUUCCUCUUCUACAAGAUCGAAUUAUUCGAAUGGUAGACAAAGCAGAAGUCGAUCUUCUUCCAUUUCUAGUCACGUUAAAACUUCGAAAUCUAGUUUAUCGCCAGGCAGUUCAAUGGAAUCACUUAGAAUUCGCAGAUCUCCUUGUCGAAAUAUAAAAAAGUAUAACAAAACAAAGGAUUCAAAACUUGACCUUGAAAAUUUGGAAUCAAGAAUUCACACAUUGCAGAAAAUGUUAAAAGAAGGAAUGAAUUUAAAUUAAGAGGAUGAAUAAAUCGGAAGUUUGUUCUAUAAACACG